AACCCUUCCUCUCUGAAUACCAAAGCUUUGAGAUACCGAAAAAAUCCAUCCUUUGCUAUCAUGGCUUAUACUGGGUCUACACGGAACGUGGACAUGAGCAGAUCCGAAUCUGACCUCGUGAUAAACAUUAAGAAGGCUACCAAUAUGGAGGAGACCGCUCCUAAACGAAAACAUGUCCGUUCUUGCAUUGUUUACACAUGGGACCACAAAUCGUCGCAGUCCUUCUGGGCUGGUAUGAAAGUGCAGCCUAUCAUGGCGGAUGAGGUCCAGACGUUCAAGGCGUUGAUAAGUAUCCACAAAGUUCUCCAGGAAGGUCACCCUGUGACAAUUCGUGAGGCUCAUGCACAUACUGGGUGGUUGGAGUCUCUGACCCGAGGGGUAGCCGGGGAGGGGCUACGGGGAUACGGUCCUUUGAUUCGGGAAUACAUUUAUUUCUUGUUGGCAAAGCUGGCCUUUCAUAGGCAUCAUCCGGAAUUUAAUGGGGUGUUUGACUAUGAGGAAUAUAUUAGCUUAAAGAGCAUUAACGAUCCGAACGAGGGAUACGAGACUAUCACCGAUCUCAUGACAUUGCAAGACCAGAUCGAUGCUUUCCAAAAGCUUGUCUUCUCCCACUUCCGCCAUGGUGUCAACAACGAGUGUCGUAUCUCCUGCCUUGUGCCUCUUGUCCAGGAGAGCUAUGGAAUCUAUAAGUUCAUCACCAGCAUGUUGAGGGCAAUGCACCAGAGUACUGGCGACGAUGAUGCGCUCGCUCCCCUACGUGACCGUUACGAUGGACAGCACCACCGUCUUGUACGAUUUUACUACGAGUGCUCGAAUCUUCGCUAUUUGACGAGUUUGAUCACCGUCCCAAAGCUUCCCCAGGACCCCCCCAAUCUACUCAGCGAGGAAGAUGCACCCCCGGCACUCCCACGUAGACCGGCGAACGAGAUGCCUCCACCUCCCGAACCCAUUCCUAGCCCACCCGCAAUUUCCCAGCCCGAACCCGAGCCGAUUUCCGACUUCUGGUCUCAAGAGCAACUGCAGCAACAACGGGCAUACGAGGAGGAGCAACGCCGGCUACAGGAGCAGAGGGAAGCGGAAUUGCGGCAGCAGGAGAUGCUUGCAUUGCAGAACCAGAGGGCCUAUGAAGAAAUGCAGAGACAGCAACAAGAGCAACAGAGGCUAGCGCACGAACAGCUUCUUAGGGAUCAGAUGGCACGGCAAGCUCAGGGUCAAGCUGCUGAAUUGGAACGUCAAUUGUUGGAGUACCAGGGUCAAUUGGCCAACAAUGUAUUGCUGCUGGAGUCGUACGACCAGAAGGUGAAAGCUCUUGAGACAGAGUUGAUGAACCUCAACUUGAACUCUCAACAGCAGCAGCAGUCUAAAGAUGACCUCAUCAAGUCGCUGCAGGACCAGGUUGCUAUGUGGAAAAGCAAGUACGAGGCUUUAGCCAAAUUGUACUCCCAGCUUCGACACGAGCAUCUUGAACUAUUGGGCAGGUAUAAACAGAUGCAACUCAAGGCCAAUUCUGCGCAAGAGGCUGUUGAGAGGCGAGAAAAGUUGGAGCGCGAAAUGAAGUCCAAGAAUUUGGAGCUCGCCGACAUGAUCCGCGAGAGAGAUCGUGCUUUGUACGAUUUGGACCGAGUCAAGGGGGCUCAAAAAGAGGAGGUGGAAAAAGUGAAACGAGAACUCCGAUUUGCUCAGGAAAAGGCGGACAAUAAUGAGCGAUCUAGGGGUUCCGAGCUCUCUGCACUCUUGACACGGCAUAAUCGUGAAGUGGCGGACUUGGAGGAUAUACUGCGUGGGAAGCAGCGCAUGAUUGAUGAGCUUUCCUCUCGGAGCGAUGACAAACAUAAUGAUAUGGAACAAUUGCUUAGGGCCAAGGAGGAGGAGCUUGAAAUAUUCAAGGCCGGCAUGGACCAGACUCUGUUGGAACUCAGCGAGAUGCGCCACAACAACACUGAAACUGAUCACGUGCUUGAGGCUCAGAUUGACGAGCUGCUCCUCGAUCAGCUCAAGAAGCUGACAGAGAUUAUUGACUCUGUGCUUCAGAGUGGUGUUCAGCGUAUCGACGAUGCCCUCUACGAGCUAGAAUCCCCUAUGAAUGCAGGUAAUCAGAGUGCAUCGCCCGGUUAUUUACUUUCCCAGAUUGAGAAGGCCCAAAUGAGCGCUACCGAGUUUGCCACCUCGUUCAAUCACUUUAUCGCGGAUGGGCCCAAUAGCACACAGUCUCAAAUCAUCAAGACGCUUCAUGUGUUUGCUGGUGCCAUCGCGGAUGUGCUCGCGAAUGCCAAAGGUGUUACACGGUUUGCUCCGGAUGAGAGGAGAAGCGAAGCCAUCUUGUCAUCCGCGCGACAGUCUGCGGGAACCGCUGUGAAAUUCUUCCAGAACCUCAUGUCUUUCCGAUUAGAUGAUUUGAGUGUCGACCGCAAAACCGAUAUUGUCGUUUCCAGCAAUCUUGAAGUCCAGAAACACUUGCAGAAGCUGAACAAGCUUGCCGAGCAAUUCAUGGCUAAGGGUGGUUCCGAUCUGUCAAAGGCAAGUGGGGAUCUUGGAGACGUCGUCGAUGCAGAGAUGAAUAAGGCGGCUGCAGCAAUUGAGGCCGCUACAGCCCGCCUAGCGCAGCUUAUGAAGAAGCCCAAGAACCCAGGUUAUUCAACCUUUGAAAUCAGCAUUCACGAUUCAAUUUUAGACGCCGCUAUUGCGGUUACCAAUGCUAUCGCUCAGUUGAUCAAGGCUGCCACGGUUUCGCAGCAAGAGAUUGUGGCACAAGGGAGAGGCAGCAGUUCCCGUACUGCAUUUUACAAGCGUAACAAUCGCUGGACCGAGGGGCUGAUUUCAGCAGCCAAGGCUGUCGCCAUGUCCACAAACAUGUUGAUUGAGACCGCCGAUGGUGUUAUCAGUGGCCAUAAAAAGCUUGAACAACUGAUCGUCGUUGCCAACGAUGUUGCCGCGUCUACCGCACAACUUGUAGCCGCAUCGCGUGUUAAGGCAUCAUUCAUGUCCAAGUCACAAGAGCGUCUGGAGGCCGCAUCAAAAGCCGUCACAAGCGCGUGCAAAUCCCUCGUCCGACAAGUUCAGGACAUCAUUUCCGCUAAGAACCGUGAAGAGAAUGAAGAUGUGGACUACUCCAAACUAACCUCGCACGAGUUCAAAGUUCAGGAAAUGGAGCAACAGGUCGAAAUCCUACAACUAGAAACCCAAUUGCAGCAAGCACGCCAGAGACUCGGAGAAAUGAGAAAGCACUCGUAUGCGCAGGAUCAGGACUAAUUUGUUAUUUGGGUUUUUUUUCCUUUUCUAUUUGUCUGGGAGGGGGAGGGGAGCUAGAGCGUAUCGAUCCUCUUUUUUGAUCGGCGCAGUUGGUUGGGUAACUUUGCGUUCUUCGUCACUUUUUUUCUUUCUAGCUUCCAAACCUUUAGCGGAUUAUUUGUAGCUCUCGAACUAUUCACCUCCUGUGUUUGUAAUAUGGUUCCGAAAAUGUAGGAUGAUUUAUUAGUCUA